CCGGGCCGGCUGGCUCCCUGCAGGCCGCAUGGCCGCCGCGCUCUUCCUCAGGGUCUUCACCGGCUUGGCGGCCGCGGCGCUGGCAGCGGUGGUCCUGGAGCACUACGGCCUAGCCGGGCCGCCGCCCCAGCCCCAGCCCCGCGCCCCGUGGAGCCCGCAGCCAGCGCCGGGCCCCGACCUGAGGAACCUCUUCUGGGGGCUGCAGAUCUCCGACAUUCACCUGAGCAAGUUUCAUGAGCCCAGCCGAGCCACCGACUUGGAGAAGUUCUGUUCAGAAAACAUCGACAUCAUUCAACCAGCUCUCGUCCUGGCCACAGGAGAUCUGACAGAUGCUAAAACAAAGGACACUUUUGGAUCCAAGCAACAUGAGGAAGAAUGGCAAACUUAUCACAGUAUUCUAAAGAAGACAAGGGUCAUGGAAAAAACCAUUUGGCUCGAUAUUAAAGGAAAUCAUGAUGCAUUCAACAUUCCAAGUCUGGACAGUGUUGAGAAUUAUUACAGGAAAUAUUCUGCUGUACGUAGGGAUGGCUCUUUUCAUUAUGUCUACAGAACUACCUUUGGCAAUUAUUCUUUUAUAUCUUUGGAUGCUACCCCAAGUCCAGGGCCUAAACGACCCUAUAAUUUCUUUGGAAUUGUAGAUGAGAAACAUAUGAAGGAACUUUCAUUCCUGGCUAAGGAAAGUACUCAGAGCAAUCACAGUAUUUGGUUUGGACAUUAUACAACAUCCACCAUUGUUUCUCCAUCACCAGGAAUUCGGUCUGUUAUGAGUUCAGCUACAGCUUAUUUUUGUGGGCACCUCCAUACACUAGGGGGACUUAUGCCUACUUUGCACACGCAGCACUUUCAUGGUACAAUGGAACUCGAGCUGGGAGACUGGAAGAAUAAUAGAAGGUACCGGAUCUUUGCUUUUGAUCAUGACCUCUUUAGCUUUGCAGAUUUAACCUUUGGUGAAUGGCCUGUGGUUCUUAUUACCAAUCCUAAAUCACUCCUCUAUAGUUGUGCUAAACAUGAACCACUAGAGAGACUUCUUUACUCAACACAUAUCAGAAUCUUGGCCUUUUCCUUAUCCACUAUUACUUCCGUCAUAGUUAAGAUUGAUGGAGUUUUUUUAGGACAAGCUAUUCAUUUGUCUGGUCCUGUUUUCAUACUGAAAUGGAAUCCAGAAAAUUACAGUAUAAGAUCGCACAACAUAGAAGUAAUUGUCCAGGAUUCUGCGGGAAGAAGUAAAAGUGUUCAACAUGUAUUUUCUUUUCAAGAGAAUAUUCAUCUCAAAUUUAAUCCCAUAGCAUCAUUUAUUCUCCUUACUGAUCACUACAUUGUGGCCCGGGUUGUUUUUGUGAUUAUUGUGUUGAUCCAGCUUACCAUCCUCAUUGCUUUUAGGUAUGGAGGAUAUAUAGAGCAAAAAGGACCUCCAGGAUUUCUACAUUUGACAUCAUUUUCCCUUCAUGUGUUGAGCAAAACAAAUAUCUACUACUAUUCUGUGUUGUUGCUGACCCUCUAUACAGUGCUGGGACCGUGGUUUGUUGGUGAGAUCACAAAAGGCAAAUUCGGUUGCUGCUUUUCCUUUGGAAUCUAUGUGGAUGGGCAUUUCCUACAAGGCAGUUCAACAUUUGUAAUUGGAAUUCUGCAGGUGGUGUUUUUCAACGUCCCCUUGACGGGCUAUCUGUGCUGGAGCCUGCUGCACCGGUGCUUGGGCCACAGCUUCAGGUCCCACCUCUGCCAGGGCCGAGCCUGGCGCGUCGUCCCCGUCCACCUGUGCAUGCUGCUGGUGUACCUGUGGCAGAUCUACGCCUGCCUCUUCCUGCACUUCACCUACGGCACCGUCGCCUUCCUCCUGUCCCCCCUGCGCACCUGGCUGGUGCUGCUGUCGCCCGUCCUGGUGCGCUGCGUGUGGACGCGCCACCCCGCCGAGCUCGGGCCCUUCCUGGGGCGCUUCGAGAGCCCCCCGAGUUCCUGAAGCGGCGGCCAGCCAGCCAGACUCGCCGCCGGAGCCUCAAUCAUGCCAGGAUGCCU